GAAAUUGAUAGACUUAUUUCAAAAUGUAAAUCACUUAUCUCUAUUUUGUCAAAAGAAAAAAAAUGGAAGCAACUUUGUGAGGCUCAGCUACAAAUUACUCCAGGCCUCAAAGAACCACUAGAUAUUAUUAAAGAUGUAGAUACUAGAUGGAACUUUACCUUUUAUUCUAUUGAAUGUCUUGUAUCUUUAAAACCUGCUAUUAUACAAUUAUAUUCAACUCUUAAUAAUCAUACUGUUAGGGAGAUUAGAAGAGGAGUGAAAACGAUGAGUUCUUUUCUUUCUUCAGAAGAUGAAUUUGAAUUAUUGAAUGAACUUAUUGUAAUCCUUUCUCCUUUCAAUGAAGCAAUGCAAUUUUUAAGCGGAUCUGAAUAUCCAACACUUGGUUUUAUGACACCAAUGUUGGAAGAACUCACUCACCGGCUUAGGCAAUUUACUAGACAAAGUUAUAAAGCAAUUCUUGUGAAAGACAUGAUCUUGAAUAACUUAGUUGAACAUUGGGGAGAUCCAAAAAGCACUAAUGUACCUGAUAAAUUUGAUCAGUAUUGUGAGAUACCUGAAAUUUCUCUUGAAGAAGAAUCCUGUCCUUUGAUUUGGUGGCACCAAAACAAAACUCUCUUUCCUACUUUGGCAAUCUUGGCAAGACGAUAUCUUGCGGUGCCAGCUUCCUUCGUCCCAUCAGAGC